AUGCCCAGCCCAGCCGAAUUCCACUACAACGACUUCCUCUCCGACUCCGAAGACCUCCAGAUUCCCGAAGGCGAAUUCGUAAUCUACGGCACCGUCUACGCCCACCCCCAACACGCCGAUGCCUUAGAAGCCAUCUACGCCUACACGAACGAGCACGCCAAGUCCGAACCCGGAACACUACAGUACUACCUCGUCCGAGAUGCGGAUGAUAGGAAUGUCUUCCAUAUGUUCGAGCAUUACGCUUCGAGAGCUGCGUUCGAUGAACAUAAUUCUCAACCCAUCAUCCAGAAAUUGAUCAACGAGGAUAACUAUAUCAAGGGUGUCAAGGCCAAAUUUUUCAGCCCUUGUAAGGUGGCGAAGGCUGUUCCGCGCGGGGGGGGGGGGGGGGGGGGGGGCGGUGUGGGGAUUUGA